AUGCCACUCACCUCACGUAUUGAAACUCUUCACGUCAACGCUUUACGUAAAAUUCCAUAUAUUGAUGAAAAGAAAUCUCCUUCCGAAUACUUUAAGGAUGGAGCUACAUUUCUCAAAAUGGCUGGACAAUACAAAAAACUUUGUGACUUUGAAAAUUGUUAUGUCCAUUUACAUGCUUAUGAAUUAUUGAUUACUGUCAAAUUACCGAAUGAACAUCCAUCCAUAUCUCAAGAUCCAUUCAAACAAGAAUUGGAAUAUAAUUUACAAAAAUUACCAGCCAUUCGUGAAGAAAAGAAACAAGUCUUGGAAGAGAUUUUCAAAAAGUAUCCAGAAGAGAGAAAUUCACCAGCCUUGCAACCACAAACUGGUAUGAGUGGUGUUGGUGGUCAUUCCAAAAAAGUACCACCUCCAUUGCCACCCUCACUCGCCUCUCAAAAAACAACCACACUUCCACCACCACCUUUCAAGGGAACCACCACCAACAGUAGUAGCACCUCAACAACAACAACAACAACACUCCCUCCACCUCCUCCUCCCAAGUCUUUCAUUCAACAACAACAACAACAACAACCAAUUCCAUCAAGCAAUUCUUUCUUAGAUCAAGGUAGUACCUUCUUUCAUUCUUCGUCCUCAAGUUUUCAAAAGGUGUUGAAAAGUUCAACAACAACAACAACCACACUCCCUCCGCCACCACCUCGACCCUCCUCCUCUCAACACAACACAAUUCAUUCUAAUAUACCACACCAUGGUAUUAGCAACAACAACAACUUUAACUCGAAUAAUCAUUCUACUGACUUGACACCCAAUGAACAACGUGUCUACAAUAGUAUUGGUCAUGUGGUGAACAAUGAACAAGUUCAAGAACGAGUUGGACAAGGUGUGGCCAAUCUCGCUCAAAAUGAACAAGUUCAAGAACGUGUUUCUUCAGCAGUUUCCAAUGCCACUACCAAUCGAGAAUAUCAAAAAUCGGUUGGAAAUUUAAUUUCCAAGAAUACAGAUAAUCAAUUCAUCUCCUCACUUGCACAGAAUGAAAAGGUUCAACAAUCGGUUGGAAAUGUCAUAUCUAAAACUGCAGGAAACAAAGAAGUACAACAAAAGGUUGGAAAUGCUGUUGCCAAUGCAGCCACUAAUAAGGAAGUCCAACAAAAGGUUGCAAGUGGAUUCAUGUCCGUAGCAAAGGGAGCAGUCAAGGGUGCCAAAGUAGGAGGUAAUUUGGCAGUUCAAGGUGGAAAGGCUUAUUGGGAAUCACAAAAGAACAAACCGAAUACGGAACAGGAUGAAGCAGAUGAAAUGUUGCAAUAUCAAAAGUAG